AUGGCUAUUAAGUUAGACAUGUUGAAAGCCUAUGAUAGGGUAGAAUGGAUUUUUGUGGGGAGAUUAAUGUUGAAAAUGGGUUUUUGUCCAAUAUUUGUCAAAUGGAUUAUGGCUUGUCUAUCCACAGUGACUUAUUCCUUCAAUUUAAAUGGCCAGAAGGUUGGAAAUGUCACACCUACUAGAGGCAUUAGGCAAGGGGACCCCUUAUCACCCUAUCUUUUCAUCAUAUGUGCUGAAGGUCUUUCUAGCCUUAUUCAUAAAGCUGUGCAAGGAAAGGAGCUAACGGGUGUGAAAAUUUGUAGGGACAGUCCGGUUAUCUCUCAUCUAUUUUUUGCAGAUGAUUCUCUUUUGUGCUGUAAAGCAACCAGACGGGAAGCUCUAAAGGUGAAAAGCAUUUUGACAAAGUAUGGUAAUGCAUCUGGCCAGGUUGUGAAUUAUGAAAAAUCAGCAUUGUUCUUCAGUAAAAACACCAAAGAAAGGAUGGAGCAAGAAAUAAGCGAAGGCCAGGAUAAUAUGAAGGAAGCAGUGAAUGGGACAUAUUUGGGACUACCAAUGGCUAUUGGAAGAUCAAAGGCACAAGUGUUUGGCUUUGUAAAGAACAAAAUCAGUAGCAAACUACAGGGAUGGAAACAAAGGCUACUGAGUGAAGGAGGAAAGGAAGUGCUGAUAAAGGCAGUGACAAUGACCAUGCCAACAUAUGUAAUGGCAUGUUUCAGGCUCCCAAAGGGAUUAUGUAGAGAAAUCUCUGGGAAAAUUGCAAAGUUUUGGUGGGGCAAAGGGGAGAGAGAGGCAAGUAUUCAUUGGGCAAGCUGGAAAAAACUCUCAGAGGUGAAGGGUAGAGGUGGAAUUGGAUUCAGAGACCUGGAAGCCUUUAAUACUGCCUUACUUGCAAAACAAAUUUGGAGAUUUCUAACUGCUCUGAUUUUGUUAGUAAGCAAGGUAAUGAAGGCAAAAUAUAUGAAGGAUCCCAAUUGGAUGAACAAAGGCCCUCCUGGCUCAGCAUCAUGGAGCUGGAAAAGCAUUCAUAGUGCAAAAAAUUUGUUGUUGGCUGGACUAUGGAAAAGGAUAGGUGAUGGAAGAACGGCUGAGCUCAUUGAACGUAUUCCCACCAGCAUUGGAAGGAGAAUGGACAGACUGAUAUGGAAAUUUUCAAAGACCGGAGCAUAUACGGUGAAAACAGGAUAUGCAAGGGCAAGGAAGGAGGAAAAUCAGAUCAGUCGAAACCAAACAUACAAUGCUGAGUCAAGUUGGGAAGUUAGAAAACGUACGGUGUGGAAGAAUCUGUGGCACCAAAAGGUAAAGGCCAAGCUGAAACAUUUCAUGUGGAAAUGCUUGCAAAAUUGUUUACCAACCAAUGAAGUAAUUUUCAAAAGGAUUGGACAAGGUGAGGGAAGAUGCAGCUGCUGCGGAGAAGGCAUAGAAACCAUAGAACACUUACUCUUUUUUUGUGUGAAUGCGAUGGAGGUUUGGAAAUUGGCACCGGUUAGCUGGGAUGGACUAGUAGACAAACAACACAAUCUCUGGCUAUGGUGGGAGGAAGCCAAUAAAGCUACUUCAAAGGAAUGUGGACCUGACCGAGUGAACCUCACCAUUAAUCUGUUUUGGCAAAUCUGGAAAGCACGAAACAAAAGAGUUUUUGACAAUGAAAUCCAGAAUUCACCCAACAUUGUCUCCAAGGCGCAAGUGGAAUGGUUAAAAUAUGAGCAUGCAAGGGAGGAAGAAAAGGAGCAGACUGCAACGGCAAACAUCAAGGAGCAUCAAAUGCGAGGCCAAACAGCAGGGGAUGAUGACGUUUGCUUAUUCACGGAUGCGGCGAUAUCAUCAAGGAUGAUCAGGACGGGUCAAGGCAUUGUUGCAAGAAAGUGGAACGGAAUGAUCAUGAAAGCAAAGGCAAUAGUCAAUCAAUAUAAGGGGGAACCAAGUAAAGAAGAAGCGUUAGUAAUUAGGAAUGCAAUGCUGAUGGCUAAACAGGUAGGAUGGACUAAAAUUACAAUCCAUUCGGAUAGCAAAUCAGUUAUUGACCAGAUACAUAGUGGCCAUGAGUAUGAUAGUACCAUUGCAACUAUUCUGGAAGAUGUGCAGGAUUUGACUUCACAUUUUGUAAGCUGUAGGUUUGUGUGUAUAUCUAGAACAGAAAAUGAAAUUAGCCGUGCUCUAGCUCAGUUUGCUAUUCAGCUAGUGAAUGAUAUUGAAUGGGAACAAGAUUUCCCAGUUUGGCUGAUGGAUUUAGUGAGGAAGCAAAUGAGGGCUGCAUUCUUGGAUAAAAGAAAUUUGCUUAUGCUUCUUGUCCCACAAGAGAAAGAACUUGCAUAUGAAAAGGAGCCACAAACUGAGUCCAUUCCUCCCACUGUUGAAGUAGAUGCCUCGAGCUCUCAGCCUACCCCUCAUGAUCCCCCAAUUUCAGAAAAAGACAAGACUCCAGCUACUGAAGAAAGUGAAGCAGAUGAUGAAGAGACAGAAGACGAAUUGGAUCCCUCUCUCAAAGAUGAGUCCUUCAACCUAACAACAAAAAAUGUCCAUGAAACAAUUGCUAAGUCCUUCGAUACUAUACAAAAAAAAUCCUCAUCAGAAGCUGCAGCGAAUAGGAGCUUGGCUUUUGAAAUUGCAGACCCUAAAACUAUUGCACCAUUUGCUGAGAAAACAGGUCAUCCAAUCUCUCCAUUGACUAUUGAGGAGGAUUCCACUGAAAACAGGAAUCCAGCCUCUCCUAAAUCUACUGAGAUAAGCCCUCUGAAGAAAAAGCGUGAAGCUCUGAUAUGCACUACUGAAUUUCUAGACUACUGUCCUUUUGGCAUCACAUUUUAG